AUGAGCGAGCUCAAGGACUGCCCGCUGCAGUUCCACGACUUCAAGUCGGUGGAUCACCUGAAGGUCUGCCCACGCUACACCGCCGUGCUGGCCCGCUCCGAGGACGAUGGCAUCGGCAUCGAGGAGCUCGACACGCUGCAGCUGGAGCUGGAGACGCUGCUGUCCUCGGCCAGCCGCAGGCUGCGGGUGCUGGAGGCAGAGACGCAGAUUUUGACAGACUGGCAGGACAAGAAGGGGGACAGGCGGUUCCUGAAGCUGGGCAAAGAGCAUGAACUGGGCACUCCAGUUAAACACGGCAAGCCCAAGAAGCAGAAACUAGAGGGGAAGGGUGGCCAUGGCACAGGGCCCGGCCCUGGGCGGCCCAAAUCCAAGAAUCUCCAGCCCAAGAUCCAAGAAUAUGAAUUUCCAGACGACCCAGUUGACAUGCCUCGGAUCCCCAAAAACGAUGCCCCGAACAGGUUCUGGGCCUCAGUGGAGCCCUACUGUGCUGACCUCACCAGUGAGGAGGUGCGAACCCUGGAGGAGCUGCUCAAACCCCCGGAGGAUGAGGCUGAGCACUACAAGAUCCCACCCCUGGGGAAGCAUUACUCUCAGCGCUGGGCCCAGGAGGAUCUGCUGGAGGAGCAGAAGGAUGGCGCCCGGGCAGCAGCUGCUGCUGACAAGAAGAAAGGCAUCCUGGGACCGUUAACAGAGCUGGACACAAAAGAUGUGGACGCCCUGCUGAAGAAGUCGGAGUCCCAGCAGGAGCAGCCUGAGGACGGCUGCCCUUUUGGGCCCUUGACGCAGCGCCUCCUGCAGGCACUUGUCGAGGAGAACAUCAUCUCGCCCAUCGAGGACUCCCCGAUCCCAGAGCUGGCGGGCAAAGACUCGGGAGCUGACGGUGCCGGUACUUCGCCCCGCAGCCAGAACAAACCCUUCAGCGUCCCCCACACCAAGUCCCUGGAGGGGCGGCUCAAAGAGGAGCUGAUUGCCCAAGGCCUGCUGGAGUCGGAGGACCGCCCCCCCGAGGACUCGGAGGACGAGGUCCUGGCGGAGCUGCGCAAGAGGCAGGCCGAGCUUAAGGCGCUCAGCGCUCACAACCGGGCCAAGAAGCAGGAGCUGCUCAGGCUGGCCAAGGACGAGUUGCACAGGCAGGUUCUGCGGCAGCGUGUGCGCAUGGCUGACAAUGAGGUCAUGGAUGCCUUCCGCAAGAUCAUGGCGGCACGCCAGAAGAAGCGCACACCCACCAAGAAGGAGAAGGACCAGGCCUGGAAGACCCUGAAGGAGCGUGAGAGCAUCCUCAAGCUCCUGGAUGGCUAA